UAGUGGCUUUUCAUUUACUCAAAAUGAGGUCGUUUGACGACUUUCUGAACUAUACCUCAAAUUAGUGGAAACCACAGAACGUGAAAACAGCAUCGUUGCGUCUUUAAUUGAAACUAUAAUAUAAAUGUAACAGCGUUUAUUUUAUAUUUGUACACAAACAAUGAAGAAGUUUAAUUUUCGAAAGGUUUUGGACGGCUUGACUGCCUCCUCCCCUGGCAGCGCUAGCGGAACUUCAACAUGCCCAGGUGGGACCACUGGUGUCCCUGCAGUAGGAGCGGCUCCCAAGGAAAUAGAAGUUCAAGAAACCCUCGCUUCGGAAAACUUUCAGAUCUCUAAGAUGGUACGUCAUGGCUUCCCAUAUCAGCCCACUGCCUUGGCUUUCGACCCAGUGCAAAAAAUCGUGGCCAUUGGAACGAGAACAGGAGGUGUGCGAAUAUUGGGCAGACCUGGCGUCGAUUGCUAUUGUCAGCAUGACAGUGAAGCAGCUGUUCUACACCUCCAGUUUCCAAUCAAUGAGGGAGCUCUUGUCACUGCAUGUGCUGAUGACACUCUUCACCUCUGGAACCUGCGACAAAAACGUCCAGCAAUCCUCCAUUCUCUCAAAUUCAACAGAGAGCGGAUUACAUUCUGCCAUAUUCCAUUCCAAAGUAAAUGGCUGUAUGUGGGAACAGAGAGAGGAAAUACACAUGUUGUAAAUAUUGAGUCCUUCAUCCUCUCAGGAUACAUCAUCAUGUGGAACAAGGCGAUAGAACUAGCAACAAAGACCCACCCCGGCCCAGUGGUGCACUUAAGUGACAGUCCCAGGGACGAGGGAAAGAUGCUGAUAGGCUUUGAAAGUGGAACAGUAGUGUUAUGGGACCUCCGAGCAAAAAAGCCAGACUUCAGAUUUUACUAUGAUGAGGCCAUUCAUUCUGUAAGCUGGCAUCAUGAAGGCAAGCAGUUCAUGUGCAGCCAUUCCGACGGAAGCCUGACCAUGUGGAAUCUGAAAAACACUGCCAAACCUUUCCAGAUCACCUUUCCACAUGCAAAAAGCCAGAGAGAUGGAAAGAAACCAGACCCAUGCAAACCAAUCCUGAAAGUGGAAUACAAGACAUCAAGGAGCAGGUGUCCAUUUAUCUUCUCGGAGGGCUGGGCAUAUGAUAAAGCAGGCCGAAGACCUAGCCUGACAAUCAUGCACGGUAAAUCUAUCACAGUGCUGGAAAUGGAUCACCCCAUAGUAGAAUUCUUAACACUUUGUGAAACUCCCUAUCCAAACGAAUUCCAGGAGCCUUAUGCAGUAGUUGUGCUGCUUGAAAAGGACUUUAUCGUUGUGGACCUAACACAAAGCCACUUUCCUAUCUUUGAAAACCCAUAUCCUAUGGAUAUUCAUGACUCGCCAGUUACCUGCACAGCAUACUUUGCUGACUGCCCUCCAGAGCUAAUUCCUGCUCUUUACUCUGUAGGUGCCAAACACAAAAAGCAAGGCUACAGCAAUAAGGAAUGGCCGGUAAGUGGUGGGACCUGGACACUGGGAACACAGACGUAUCCUGAAAUUAUUAUUACAGGGCAUGCUGACGGAUCACUAAAGUUUUGGGAUGGAUCUGCCAUAACCCUUGAGAUGCUGUACAAGCUGAAAACAUCCAAGGUGUUUGAAAAGCAGAAGGUGGGAGAGGGCAAGCAGGUAGCAGAGAUUGUGGAAGAGGACCCAUAUGCCAUACAGAUGAUCAGCUGGUGUCCUGAAAGCAGGAUCCUAUGCGUCACAGGCAUCUCAGCUCAUGUCAUACUUUACAGAUUCAGUAAACACGAGGCUACUACUGAAAUAGUGUCACUAGAGGUUAGGCUUCAGAAUGAUGUGGAGGACAUUAUCACCCCAGAGGUGACUGAGAAUAUCUCUCCAUACACUGAGCCUUCCCAGCCCAUUACAGGAAGUCCCAGCAAUGUCUCUCCAGAGGAAAUAAAGGACAGCAUCCCCUGCCUCAAGGUGAAGUCUCGUCCAGUAAAAAUGCCCCAAGGCUACCAGGCAGAAUUGGUAAUACAGCUGGUGUGGGUAGAUGGAGAGCCUCCCCAACAAAUAGCAAGCCUGGCUCUGAACUCGGCCUAUGGCUUGGUUGCGUUUGGGAAUUCCAAUGGCCUAGCUGUGGUGGAUUUCAUCCAGAAGACAGUUCUGCUCAGCAUGGGAACCAUUGACCUUUACGGUUCCAGUGACCCAUACCCGAGGCAGCUUCGCUCUCCACGCAGAAGCAAGCAGCCUACAGCAGGUCUGUCUGAGCUGUCUGACAGCCCUAUUUCCUUGGAGCUAGAACGCUGCAAGUCUCCCACAUCAGUUAAAGGACCAAGAAAGUUAAGUCUGCCGACAGAUCUUAAGACUGAUCUUGAUAAUGUAAAUGGACAUUGCACUAGCCCCACCUCACAGCCCUGCAGCACUGGGAAGCGCGUCUCUGCCACUGAAGGUGCUAAACUGAACCGCUGGGGUCCUAGCCGACCCCCUUUCCGAAAAGCACAGUCUGCUGCUUGCAUGGAGAUCUCUUUGCCUGCCUCCCACACAGAAGUAGGUUACGCAUCAAGACGGGCAAUGCUUCAGCAAUUACAUGGAAUCAGUAUUUACUCGCAAGAUGAACACCACUCUGCCAGUUACACAUGGAGUGAGAAAGAAAGCCGGGACAAUUCCUUCAGCCGCUCCCGUAGCUCCAGUGUGUCCAGCAUUGACAAGGAAUCCAAGGAAACCAUAACAGCACUGUACUUCAUGGACUCGUAUGGGCGUAAGAAUGAUGGGACCCUCUCGCCAUGCCUUUGGGUCGGGACCAGCCUAGGGGUUGUACUGGUCAUCUCUUUAAACCUGCCUUCUGGUGAGGAACAGAGGCAAAGUGAACCAGUCAUGGUGGCUCCCACUGGGACCGUGUUGAUGCUUAAAGGAGCACUGCUGACGUUUUCAUCUGUUGACUGUGCUGGUGUGCUGAUCCACCCUCCCUAUGAGGUGUGGAGGGAUCCGAACAGCAUGGAUGACAAUGAGAAACCCCGCAAGCGUAAACUUGUAACCUUCUCGCCCUCCUCUUCUCAGGAUAUGGGGGAUUACCAUUUUGCCGUCAUCUGUUCGGAGAAACAGGCCAAAGUCUACUCACUGCCUUCCCAAAACUGCCUUUAUGCACAUAGCAUCACAGAGUCGUCGUUUGUGCUCAGGGCAGAUGUUGUUACAGUUUGUAAUAGUGUUUGCCUGGCUUGCUUCUGUGCAAAUGGACAUAUCAUGACACUAAGCUUGCCUAGCCUUCGACCAAUGCUGGAUGUAAACUAUCUACCUUUGACAGACAUGAGGAUUGCUCGCACUUUCUGCUUUACAAAUGGAGGGCAGGCACUGUUCCUGAGCUCUCCUACAGAGAUCCAGCGCAUUACCUUCAGCCAGGAGAUGUGUGAAAACCUGCAGGACAUGUUGGGGUCUCAAGGACCAUUGUUUGCACCAGUGGAAACGCCAGAGGCUCAAAACAGAGGAUUUCUAAAAGGACUCUUUGGAGGAAGUGGACAAACAUUUGACAGGGAAGAACUCUUUGGGGAGGCAGCUGCAGGAAAGGCCUCGCGGAGUCUUGCACAGCAUAUUCCAGGCCCUGGGAGCAUGGAGGGGAUGAAGGCUGCUGCUGGAGGGGUAGUUGGAGACCUGGCAAGGGCCCGCAUCGCUUUGGAUGAGAGAGGACAGAGACUGGGCGAACUGGAGGAACGCACAGCUGCCAUGAUGGGGAGCGCAGAGUCAUUUUCCAAACAUGCUCAUGAGCUGAUGCUAAAAUGCAAGGACAAGAAGUGGUAUCAAUUGUAAUCUGCUGGGAGACACUUGGCUUCUUAAGUAUACUGUAAGCAGUUGGGGAAAUGGGCCUGAGCCAUGUCACUGGGAAGAAUAGUUAUCCUAGAUUCUUGUUUUGCCCCCAUGAAAUUAUUUGGAUUCAAUUUGUGGGAAAAGCUGUCCAAAGCCAACUGGUGGGACUUUGUUGUGUUGGACAUGAUAUUGCCAAACUUGGGUUAUUUUAAGAAUAUGUUCUCUGUUUUCCAUGUUCUGUGCUGCGUAAUUAUCACAGGACCCUUGGGAAAAUGCCUGGAAAAGAAAAAUAGUAAUAAGAGUACAGAUUAGUAUGCCGAUGCUCUUAUAUAAGAAAUAAAAACAAGAUUGCAUGAAACAAAAACGCAAACAAUAAACUGCCAUAUUAAAAAAAAAAAAAAGAAAAGCAUGUUACAAGAAAAAGUUUAUUUAAAAUAAAAAAGAAACUCAA